AUGAUUGUAGUCGUCAAGGGGCUACCUUCCACUCUCAGCGGGACUGAGGUCUCGGAAGAGUUCCAUGAGAUGGGCUUCUCCACUGUGGAAUCACGACCCCUCAAAACCCGAGGAGGCCGCCGUACCAACCUCUGGCUGCUAACUCUGCGCAGACAAGAUGGAUCAAGACCACCUGCAGAAGGCCCCAUCCAAUGCCAUCGCUGCCAGGGCUUUGGUCAUGGAUCCAGCCACUGCUACAGAGACCAUCGCUGCGUUCGCUGUGGAGGAUCCCAUCCCGGCUCUCUCUGCCUCAAACAGCACACGGAAGCUGCAACUUGCACCAACUGUGGUGGACAACACACAGCCAACUACAGGGGAUGCCCCGCCUUCAAGGAGCAAAACCGCUCCUAUGCAUCAGUAGCCGCCCCCAGAAAAACUGACUCGGAGUCGGAGCCGCAACACAUCCAACCGCCCCUCGUGGAUGAUGAAGGCUUCCAGCAGCAGAGACGACGCCGUCGGCGGGGACCAAGGAACCAUGAGAACCGUGGAAGACGUAACUCAUCUCAGGACUCCAGAAUCUCCAACGAGUCUCCAGCCCAAAACACCAUGCCUGAACCAACCCAAACAACGUCAAGCCCUGAUGUGGCUCCUGCCUCUGUCACUGCAAACCCCAGGGUGAGGCGCACCCCUCGACCGAGAAUCAACGUGCCUCAACUACAACAGACAAGCAGCCCUGCCCUGCAGCCCAGCGGCCCUGCCCAGCAGCCCAGCCGCCCGGCCCAGCAGCCCAGUGGCCCUGCCCAGCAGCCCAGCGGCCCGGCCCAGCAGCCCAGCGGCCCUGCCCAGCAGACCAGCGGCCCGGCCCAGCAGCCCAGCGGCCCUGCCCAGCAGACCAGCGGCCCGGCCCAGCAGCCCAGCGGCCCGGCCCAGCAGCCCAGCGGCCCUGCCCAGCAGCCCAGCGGCCCUGCCCAGCAGACCAGCGGCCCUGCCCAGCAGCAAAGCGGCCCGGCCCAGCAGCCCAGCGGCCCUGCCCAGCAGCCCAGCGGCCCGGCCCAGCAGCCCAGCGGCCCUGCCCAGCAGACCAGCGGCCCGGCCCAGCAGCCCAGCGGCCCUGCCCAGCAGACCAGCGGCCCUGCCCAGCAGGCCAGCGGCCCUGCCCAGCAGACCAGUGCCCCAGCCCAGCAGGCCAGCGGCCCUGCCCAGCAGACCAGCGGCCCUGCCCAGCAGCCCAGCGGCCCUGCCCAGCAGACCAGCGGCCCUGCCCAGCAGCCCAGCGGCCCUGCCCAGCAGACCAGCGGCCCUGCCCAGCAGGCCAGCGGCCCUGCCCAGCAGACCAGCGGCCCAGCCCAGCAGGCCAGCGUCCCCGCCCAACAGUCCAGUGCCCCUCAAGCGACUGAACUAACCGAACUACUGACAGCGCUGCAAAGCAUGAUGGCCCUUGUUGCACGCCUGGUGGAGGCGCUCAGCAAACAUCAUGGGUAG